AUAUAACCUCAAAUUAGUGAUAUGGAGGUAUAAAAAAAAUUGAUUUUAAACAACUGAAGAUACUAGAAAUCAUGGGAACUUGGACCCUAGAAGUUGCCAAAAUGGCACUUUAUAUAGUUUUUCCUGUGGCUCUUUUUCAUUACUUUAACCAACCACAGUAUUUUGAAGAUUGGGUUGUAGAAAAGAAACGUGAAUUGUUUCCCCCAGAAACUGAAGCAAAAAGAGAAUUUCAAAGGACAUUAGAAGAAAUUAAAUCGAAGCAAAAUCUAAAAGUACUAGAAAACUUAGAAAGUGUAAAAAAAUAAAGUGGUGUUUUUAAACUUACCUGUGUUUUUAACUGUUUUGUGAGAUUUUUCUUUAAUUGGGAAACCUGUUUAUGUUGCUAUUCUUAUAUGUAUUUAUUUAAUUAAUAUACAAGAUAUCCCAUGAUAUAGCACUAAAGUUUACAUGCCAAUAUAAAGUGAACUGCUUAAAAUUAGAAAUGUAUACUUGAAUAUAUUUAUAUUAAUAUU